UUUUUGGGUGAACUAUCCCUUUAACUUCUGUAGGUGGUGAAGAUGAUGAUUGUCGUUGAGUGCACCUUCGCCAUCUGCUGGCUGCCCUACCAUGUCUACUUCCUGCUGCACCAGUUCCUUCCCCACUUGUUUGAGGAACAGUACAUCCAGCAGGUGUACUUAGGAAUAAUGUGGCUUGCCAUGAGUUCCACCAUGUACAAUCCCAUCAUCUACUGUCUUCUCAAUGACAGGUUUCGAGCUGGAUUCCAGCAGGCAUUCUCCUGGUGUCCUUGUGUCCCUCAAGGCUCAUAUGAAGGUCUGGAGCUCAAGUCAACUCGCUAUCUUCAGACGCAGGCCAGCAUUUACCGUGCAAGCCGAAUGGAGACCACAGUAUCCACAGUGAUGCCGGUUAUCGAGGGGGACCUUCGGGAGAAUACAAAUCGAUGUUCAAUAGAUCUCACGUCUAAUGGUUCUUCACAAAGCGCCUCCAAGACUGUAUCAGAGUCAUCCAGCUUCUAUUCAAGCAACAAUUUAGCCUAGAAAAGAAUGUAGGAAAUACUUUCAGUGUUAAAAUACCAAUCUUGUGAGGAGAAGGGCAAAUGGUACACGCUCCAGCGAAGGUCGUAAUGUGAGAU